GAACUGAGUGAUGAGCAAACCAUCCGGGUGCACGGCAUGGAGCCUCUUGGAGUCUCUACCUAAUUGAUGAAUCAACGUUGCGUUGUCUGAGCUUCGUUGCGUUCCCUCGCUCUUCCUCCUCCUCCUCCUCUGUUGCUCCUCACCACGACCUUGAACCAUGUCCACUCCCCUCCCCGCGCUCAUCAUAGGCGCAGGCAUAGCCGGCCUGCCCCUCGCCCUACAAUUGGCCAAAGCAGGAAAACCCAGUAUCGUCAUCGAACGAUGCCCCGGUCUCGAGACCAAAGGCCAGAACAUUGACCUUCGUGGUCCCGGACAAGAAGUCGUUGCACGCCUGGGCCUCGAAGCGGCGAUCCGCGCAAAGACGACGACAGAGAAGGGCAUGAGCGUCGAGGACGAGAACCGCAAGUCGUGGGCCUUCUUCGGUGUCAGUGAACAGAAGGAGGGGAAGAAGAACACGAGUCCUACCAGUGAUAUUGAGAUCCUGCGCGGGGACCUGGCAGAUGUCUUCUAUCAAGAAUGCCUGGCCAAGUACCCUAAUCUCAUCAGCUUCCGAUUCGGAGCAAAGAUUGCCUCGAUCGAGGAGAACGACGACUCGGUCACUUUGACCCUCAAGAGCGGUGAGGUCCUGCACGGAUCCAUCCUCGUAGGCGCUGAUGGCCAAGGCUCUCAAGUGCGCCAAAUGUGCCUCGCCUCCUCGUCUAACAUCAACGUCCGCCAUUUCCACCUAUACAUGUCCUACUACACCAUCCCGCGCGAGGAGCACGAUACGGACAUCUGGCGAAUCUACAUCACGACGAAGCGACGUUCCCUCUUCAUCAGGCCGGACGGGAGCGGUAAGACGGUACGCGUGAGCCUCUGUGUAAUGACACAAGACCCUGAGGCGGUCAAGGCGUUCGAGGAGCAGAGGGACCCAAAAGUGUACAAGGAGAAGCUCAAGGAGAUAUUCACUGGCGCAGGAUGGGAGGCGCCCCGUUUGCUCAAGGCGAUGGACGAGACAAGCGACUUCUACUUGCACCCGACGGUGCAGAUCAGGAUGGACAAGUGGCACAAGGGGCGCGUCGUCCUCUUGGGAGAUGCGGCUUGGGCUCCUAGCCCCUUGGGGGGAAUGGGAACGACCCUCGCCGUCAGUGGCGCCUACCUACUCGCCUGGCAUCUCAACCGUAAGGACGUCGGCGACGACCCCACUAAAGCCUUCACUCGUUGGGAAGAGGAAUAUCGCGGCUACGUGGAGAAGGCGCAGGACAUUCCUUCGUUCGCACCCGGCCUCUUCUACCCUCGUAAUGUUCUCGAGGUCAAGGCGCUCCGCUGGUUUGCCUACAUGAUCGGCGUCGUGUCCAAGUUGCCCUUCUUGGGGAGCUUCUUUGGGGGCGGGGAGGACCCAUUCAAGCUGCCCGCUGACGAGGAGAUGGCAUGAGCGCGGGGCAGGAGGUGAUUUUGGCCUGUUUUGUCUUCGAACUGAUAUCCAUUGUAGUCGCCUGUGGCAAUCACACAUCGUCACCACUCUUUCCCUCUGGCCAGCCGAAGCGGAUCGUCCCCUCCUUGAGUCCCUCUUCAACCACACUCAUCCCUCC